CUCCGCCCAGAGAGCGAGAAUUUCCCUGUACACACACACACACACACACACAAAGAAAAGCGCGAGACCAGGGGAGGAGACAGGGCGCGUGGAGCUGCACGAGGUUCAUAGAGCAAUACAGGAGCGCGAGAUGACUUUCUAAUCUACAGCACGAGGAGUGAGGUUUGGUGGGCCAUGAUGGAGGGACAGCACAACCAGCAGGACCCAAAUGAAAACAACACACUUUCUGUACAUGACAACCAGAUGUACUGCAGUGCACUGUCCAACUUCCGCAUUGAGAAGAAGAUCGGUCGUGGGCAGUUUAGCGAAGUUUACAGAGCCACGUAUCUACUGGAGAACCAGCAGGUGGCAUUGAAGAAAGUGCAGAUCUUUGAGAUGAUGGAUGCUAAAUCUCGUCAGGACUGCAUCAAGGAGAUUGACCUGCUGAAGCAGUUGAAUCAUCCAAAUGUAAUAAAGUAUUUGGACUCCUUUAUUGAAGACAAUGAACUGAACAUUGUGCUGGAGCUUGCUGAUGCUGGAGACCUGUCCCACAUGAUAAAGUACUUUAAGAAGAAGCGGAGGUUGAUUCCUGAAAGGACGAUAUGGAAGUACUUUGUGCAGCUAUGCAGUGCAGUUGAGCACAUGCACUCCCGCAGAGUCAUGCACCGAGAUAUCAAGCCAGCUAAUGUGUUCAUCACUGCAACUGGAGUGGUCAAAUUGGGAGAUCUGGGUUUGGGACGCUUCUUUAGCUCCAAAACCACAGUCGUACACUCAUUAGUGGGAACCCCCUACUACAUGUCUCCUGAGAGGAUCCAUGAGAAUGGCUACAACUUCAAAUCAGACAUAUGGUCUCUGGGCUGUUUGCUGUAUGAGAUGGCGGCACUGCAGAGCCCGUUCUACAGUGAUCAGAUGAACCUGCUGUCACUCUGCCAGAAGAUUGAACAGUGUGACUAUCCUCCUCUACCUCCAGAACAUUUCUCUGAGAAGCUGAGAAGUUUGGUCAGCAUGUGCAUCAACCCAGACGCAGAUGAGCGUCCGGACAUCGUCUUCGUUCUUCAGUUCUCCAAACAGAUGCAGCUGUGGACGGCCAGCACCUGAAACUCUCUUCUGAAAAUACACACACGCACAACGAAUAAAUACACUCCUGCCCUGCGCUGAAGAUGAGGAGGAAGAAAAGUGUGUGAACUGUGGACUCAUGUUUCAGACUCUGUAACUGAAGAACUGCUGUAAAACUGCACUGAUAUAAACACACACACACACAAACACACACACUUACUUUAGGAACAAGCUAAUCAAUGAUAAUGGCAAAUCCAGGUAUAUAGAGGUGGACUUGCCACCUCUGAAGGUACACUAUAUGGACAAAAGUAUUGGGACAUCUGCUCAUUUGUAGUUUCUUCUAAAAUGCAUAAUGCAUUCAUCAGAAAGAGUGUCCAAAAAAAAAACAUUUGGACAUAUAGUGUACUAAAUGCUUCUUCAGGAAACAUUUACAUUUUCACUUACUGAACGUUUAAUAUUUCUGUUCUUGUUUAGUGAGGGAUCAGUAGAAGCUGAUUCAGCAGAUCAGCUUUUUUUUUCUGUUUCUGAAACAGACCUUCGGUAUACCUACAAAAUAUCUCAAAAUAAUGCUGUAUUAUUCUUAAUAAUUACUUACAGUCUCAACAUGUAAUUAAAUUUAAGUUAUUAUUUUUUUUAAGUAUUUUAAAAACAAUAUCAUUAUUGUUGAUAAAUUCACAUUUUUAUUUCUCAAAUAAUGACUGAUUGACAAAAAAAUGUGGCUCAAUGUGGCUCAGAUCUGAUUUUUUAAGGCUGUGUAAAUGUGCCAUUUUUUUUUUUAUUUCUCUGUUACAUUGCAGUUCUUUCUUGACCUUCCUGGUUGGGAACUUUAAUAACCUACAGUAGCUGCAACAUCCCUUUACCGGAUGUGGCAUAGGGAUGCCAUAAGGAUCUGCCUACCUGCCCAACCAUAUCUCAUCUUGUAUCUAGCCUAGAGGCAGAUCAACAGGGUACUAGAGCCCCUUUUAGUGUCUUUUUAGCCCCUUUUAAACUUUCGCCAAUAAACGCAUCCUUUUGCUCUAAUAUUGUAUACAUUUACAUUCAUAUUGUUGUAUUACAAUAACUUUCUUUUGUCAGUGAGCGUAUUUUCUCAAAUGUGUGAAAUUCAGAUUUAGUUAAUCAAACCUUUGUAUUAAAAUAAUGUAAUCCAUAAAAAUAAGGACUAAAAAUAAUAACUAAAAAUAAUAUUUAAAAAAAAAAGCAGAGAACUUAUUUCGAGACACUAAAACAACUGUUUUAUUAAACUUAUUAGUUAUUUGAAGACAGAUAAUGUAAAAAAAAGUGCUGCCAUAUCAGAACUCAAAACUUUGACUAUUAUGGGUGUGAUGUUUUCUAACUGUUGAUUUCAAAUGGGGGAAAAAAAUCCAUAUUUAAAAUGUAUUUCUCAAUUUUGUCACUGUCUGCAAUGUAUGAAAAUGUAUUAAACAGAAAACAAAAAUGUUUCUGUUAAAAUUACAUGGUAAAUGUAUUUUUACACAUAAUAUGAAGCUGGUUAAGGAAUAUAUUUUUUAAUAAAUAUCUUUUAAAAUA